AUGAAUGGGAACCAUAAACAAACUAGUAUCAACAAGGAAAUCAAAUACCGGCAGACUAGCCGCAUUCCAGAAGCCACAAGAUUGGGUGCAAGCACAUUUGUCUUCCCUCCUGCAGCUUCUCCAGACAGGCUGGUACGCAGGGAGCAGCACCGGAGCUGGUGCACACUAGGCUUUGUGCGGAGCAUCGCACUCACUCCACAAGCUUGUGGUGCCCUCAGCUCUCCAAGGUGGAUCACCCUGCUCAUGAAGGUUGUGGAAGGACAUGCACCCUUCACUGCAGCCUCGCUGCAGAGGCAGAUCUUAGCUGUGCACUUACUGCAAGCAGUUCUUCCAUCAUGGGACAAGACAGAAAGGGCGAGGGACAUGAAGUGCCUUGUGGAAAAGCUGUUUGGCUUCUUGGGCAGUUUGCUCACUACGUGUUCUUCUGAUGUGCCAUUACUCAGAGAAUCCACGCUGAGGAGACGCAGAGCCCGCCCACAGGCCUCUCUCACUGCCACUCACAGUAGUACACUGGCUGAAGAGGUGGUGGCACUGCUCCGCACGCUGCAUUCCCUGACUCAGUGGAAUGGCCUUAUCAACAAGUACAUCAACUCCCAGCUCCACUCUGUCACUCAUAGCUGUGUGGGGAAGCCAUCAGAAAGGGUUCUGUUAGAGGACUACUUCCCUGACUCUGAGAACCCUGAAGUGGGGGGCCUCAUGGCAGUCCUGGCUGUGAUUGGUGGGAUCGAUGGUCGCCUACGCCUGGGGGGCCAGGUCAUGCACGAUGAAUUUGGAGAGGGCACAGUGACUCGCAUCACCCCGAAGGGCAGAAUCACUGUACAGUUCACUGAAAUGCGGACAUGCCGUGUUUGCCCAUUGAAUCAGCUGAAACCAGUAGGUGAACGUUUGCUCAGUUACUGAGUAAUAAGGUUUGAUAUUAGAGCUUGAAAGAAGGUGUACUUUAUAUUUGCCUUCUAGGAAGCCAUGUGACUAAGGCAAACCACUUCCCUUUCCUACUGUUAAGAGUCUGCCCUCCUUUUUCACAGACAGUACAUAGCAGUGUUUCACGUGUCUGUCAUCUUUUAGCCUUAAAGAUGUGAAAUGGCAUCAACAACCUGUAAGGUAGUUCAAAUUAUUUUAAAAUAUGAAUUUAUAAAGGUCAUU